AUGCGGGCGUCGCUGCUGCUGUCGGUGCUGCGGCCGGCGGGGCCCGUGGCCGUGGGCAUCUCCCUGGGCUUCACUCUGAGCCUGCUCAGCGUCACCUGGGUGGAGGAGCCGUGCGGCCCUGGGCCGCCCCAGCCCGGGGACGCUGAGCUGCCGCCGCGCGGCAACACCAACGCGGCGCGCCGACCCAAUUCGGUGCAGCCUGGAGCGGAGCGCGAGAAGCCCGGGGCCGGCGCGGCCGCCGGGGAGAACUGGGAGCCGCGUGUCUUGCCCUACCGCCCCGCACAGCCCGGCCAGGCUGCCAAAAAGGCCGUCAGGACCCGCUACAUCAGCACGGAGCUGGGCAUCAGGCAGAGGCUGUUGGUGGCCGUGCUCACCUCACAGGCCACGUUGCCCACGCUGGGCGUGGCUGUGAACCGAACGCUGGGACACCGGCUCGAGCGGGUGGUGUUCCUGACAGGCACACGGGGCCGCCGCGCACCCCCAGGCAUGGCCGUGGUGACCCUGGGUGAGGAGCGGCCCAUCGGGCACCUACACCUGGCCCUCCGGCACCUGCUGGAUCAGUACGGCGAUGACUUUGACUGGUUCUUCCUGGUGCCCGACACCACCUACACCGAAGCUCACGGACUGGCGCGCCUGGCUGGCCGCCUCAGCCUGGCUGGCUCUGCCCACCUCUACCUGGGCCGGCCCCAGGACUUCAUCGGUGGGGAGCCCACCCCAGGCCGCUACUGCCACGGUGGCUUUGGGGUGCUGCUAUCACGAACGCUGCUGCAGCAGCUGCGCCCACACCUGGAGGGCUGCCGAAACGACAUCGUCAGUGCCCACCCAGAUGAAUGGCUGGGACGCUGCAUCCUUGAUGCCACCGGUGUGGGCUGCACCGGAGACCACGAGGGUGUGCACUACAGCUAUCUGGAGCUGAGCCCCGGGAAGCCAGUGCAGGAGGGAGACCCUCGUUUCCGCAGCACUCUGACAGCCCACCCUGUGCGCGACCCCGUACACAUGUACCAGCUGCACAAGGCUUUCGCCCGAGCUGAGCUGGAGCGCACAUACCAGGAGAUACAGGAGUUGCAGUGGGAGAUCCAGAACACCAGCCGCCUGGCAGCUGAUGGCGAGCGGGCAGCCGCGUGGCCCGUGGGCAUCCCCGCCCCAUCCCGCCCAGCCUCCCGCUUUGAGGUGCUGCGCUGGGAGUACUUCACCGAGCAGCAUGCUUUCUCCUGCGCCGAUGGCUCACCCCGCUGCCCGCUGCGCGGUGCUGACCGAGCCGACGUGGCUGACGUUCUCGGGGCUGCCCUGGAGGAGCUCAACCGCCGCUACCACCCGGCCCUGCGGCUCCAGAAGCAGCAGCUGGUCAACGGCUACCGGCGCUUUGACCCGGCCCGGGGCAUGGAGUACACACUGGACCUGCAGCUGGAGGCACUGACCCCCCAGGGCGGUCGCUGGCCCCUCACCCACCGGGUCCAGCUGCUGCGGCCACUGAGCCGCGUGGAAAUCCUCCCUGUGCCCUAUGUCACCGAGGCUUCGCGUCUAACCGUGCUGCUGCCUCUGGCCGCGGCCGAGCGGGACCUGGCCCCCGGCUUCCUGGAGGCCUUCGCCACGGCGGCGCUGGAGCCCGGAGACGCGGCCGCGGCGCUGACGCUGCUGCUGCUGUACGAGCCUCGCCAGGCGCAGCGGGCUGCGCACGCCGACGUCUUCGCGCCCGUCAAAGCCCACGUGGCCGAGCUGGAGCGGCGCUUCCCCGGCGCGCGGGUGCCCUGGCUCAGCGUGCAGACGGCGGUGCCCGCGCCGCUGCGCCUCAUGGACCUGCUCUCCAAGAAGCACCCACUGGACACGCUCUUCCUGCUGGCCGGGCCUGACACGGUGCUCACCCCCGACUUCCUGAACCGCUGCCGCAUGCACGCCAUCUCCGGCUGGCAGGCCUUCUUCCCCAUGCACUUCCAGGCCUUCCACCCGGCCGUGGCCCCGCCGCAGGGCCCGGGGCCGCCCGAGUUGGGCCGGGACACAGGCCGCUUCGACCGCCAGGCGGCCAGCGAGGCCUGCUUCUACAACUCUGACUACGUGGCGGCCCGCGGGCGGCUGGCCGCCGCCACCGAGCAGGAGGAGGAGCUGCUGGAGGGCCUGGACGUGUACGAGCUGUUCCUGCGCUUCUCGGGUCUGCACGUGCUGCGCGCGGUGGAGCCGGCGCUGCUGCAGCGCUACCGGGCACAGGCGUGCAGCGCGCGGCUCAGCGAGGACCUGUACCACCGCUGCCGUCAGAGCGCGCUCGAGGGCCUGGGCUCCCGCACGCAGCUCGCCAUGCUGCUCUUUGAGCAGGAACAGGGCAACAGCACCUGA